GGAAAUGCAUUUAGUCAAGUCUGGUGGCUCAGGAAAUCAAGAAUCAUCUUGUAGCUUACUCUUUUGCUCUUUCUCUGGUUUUCUGCAUUCUCAUUGCUCAUCAAUUUUAUUAAUCAAUCUCUAUAGAAAAAGAUUAACGCCAUGGUGGGAUCACCACCACUUCUAGCUAUAGCUUUUUGUGCUGCUUGCAUCUUCGGCCAGCUGGUGGAGGUAGCUCAAUCUCAAUCUCAAUCUCAAUAUCAAAAUCAAACCCAACCUCGUACAGACCCUGCUGAAGUGCGAGUUUUGAAUUCAAUAUUUCAAAAAUGGGGGAUCACAGCACCAUCAGGUCAAUGGAAUAUAAGUGGGGAACUAUGCAAUGGAGCAGCCAUCGACUCAACUGACAUUGACAACCUAAACUACAACCCCUUAAUCAAAUGCGAGUGUUUGUCUAACUCUACUUGCCAUAUUACCCAAUUGAGGGUUUAUGCCUUGAAUGUUGUUGGUGUAAUCCCAGAUGAACUGUGGACUUUAACUUUCCUCUCCAAUCUGAAUUUGGCCCAAAAUUACUUGACAGGUAACCUGUCUGCAUCCAUUGCCAAUCUAACUCGCAUGCAAUACCUGAGUUUUGCUGCCAAUGCACUAUCAGGGACAAUUCCAAAGGAACUUGGAAAUCUUACAAAUUUAUUAUCAUUGUCUUUUCUGGGAAAUAACUUCACUGGUUCUCUCCCGUCUGAGCUUGGGAAUUUAGUGAAAUUAGAACAGCUCUACAUAGAUAGUUCUGGAAUUAGUGGUGAUAUUCCUUCAACAUUUGCUAAUUUAAGAAACCUCCAGACAGUGUGGGCAUCAGACACUGAACUCACAGGCAGGAUACCCGACUUCAUAGGGAAUUGGUCAAAACUUAUUACCUUGAAGCUUGUAGGAAACUCUUUUGAAGGUCCAAUACCCUCAACGUUUUCCAAUUUGACUUCUCUAACAGAGUUGAGAAUAAGUGAUUUGUCUAAUGGGAACUCUUCACUAGCAUUUAUAAAGAAUAUGAAAUUUCUAAGUACCUUAGUACUAAGGAAUAAUAAAAUUUCUGAUUCAAUUCCAUCCAAUAUAGGAGAAUACCAACAGAUGACACAGCUGGAUUUGAGCUUCAACAAUAUAACAGGACGGAUUCCAGAUGCACUUUUCAAUUUGAGUUCGCUCUCUUACUUGUUUCUUGGAAAUAAUAAGUUAAAUGGCACUCUACCUGCACGAAAAACCACAUCUCUUCUCAACAUUGAUUUGUCUUACAAUAAUUUAGAGGGAAGCUUUCCUUCUUGGGUCAGCGAACAAAAGUUACAAGUUAAUUUAAUUGCCAACAAUUUCACUAUAGAAAGUUCAAACAGCAGUGUUUUGCCUUCAGGAUUGAACUGUCUUCAACGGGAUUUUCCUUGCAAUAGAGGCACUGGAUUAUAUUAUGACUUUGCAAUUAAGUGUGGUGGUCCUCAGAUUACCUCUUCUAAAGGGAUUGUGUAUGAGAGGGAUAAUGAGGCACUUGGUCCAGCUACAUAUUAUGUGAUUAACACACACAGGUGGGCAGUUAGCAAUGUUGGAUAUUUUAGAGGGACCAAUAAUCCUCAGUAUACAAGUUCUUCGUCAUCUCAAUUUACAAAUACUUUAGACUCAGAGCUAUUCCAAACAGCUCGACUCUCUGCUUCAUCAUUAAGAUACUAUGGCUUAGGGCUUGAGAAUGGAAACUACACUGUGAGCCUCCAAUUUGCAGAAAUAGCUUUUGAUAACACUAACACUUGGCGAAGUCUUGGGAGACGUGUAUUUGAUAUUUAUAUCCAGGGCAAUCUUGUAGUAAAGGAUUUUGAUAUACGAAAGAAUGCCAGUAGUGCCUCUUACCGAGCAGUUCAGAUGCAGUAUAAUAAGGUUCAGGUAUCAGAAAACUACCUUGAAAUCCAUCUCUUUUGGGCUGGAAAAGGGACUUGCUGUAUACCUAAUCAAGGCACUUACGGACCUUCUAUUUCAGCCAUCAGUGCUAGCCCAGAAUUUACACCCACUGUUAGUAACAGACCUCCAAGCAGCAACAAGAAUAGGACUGGUUUGAUAGUGGGUCUCGUUGUUGGGGUUUUGAGCUUUAUAUCUGUUUUCGUGGUUUUUUGUAUUGUUCGAAGAAGAAAACCUUCAACCAAUGAUGAUGAAGAGCUCCAUGAAAUAGAUGCUAAAACAUUCACUUUCAAUUAUACUGAACUAAGGACUGCUACAGAAGAUUUUAACCCAGAUAAUAAGCUUGGAGAGGGAGGAUUUGGACCAGUUUAUAAGGGAACACUUAAAGACGGGAGAGGAAUUGCCGUGAAGCAACUGUCCGUAACAUCACACCAAGGAGAGAACCAAUUCAUAAAUGAGAUUGCUACUAUAUCUGAAGUGCAGCACCGCAACCUUGUGAAGUUGUAUGGAUGUUGCAUUGAGGGAGAUAAAAAACUCCUUGUGUAUGAGUAUCUAGAGAAUAAAAGUCUUGAUCUAGCAUUAUUUGGAAACAGAACUUUGAAUCUCGAUUGGUCAACACGCUUUGAUAUAUGCUUGGGUGUAGCAAGAGGUUUAGCUUAUCUUCAUGAGGAGUCACGGCUUCGAAUAGUGCACAGAGAUGUGAAGGCCAGUAAUAUUCUGCUUGAUUCUGAUCUUAUCCCCAAAAUAUCAGACUUUGGCUUGGCCAAACUUUAUGAUGAUAAAAAAAGCCACAUAAGCACCCGUGUGGCAGGGACCAUUGGGUAUCUUGCACCGGAGUAUGCCAUGCGUGGGUACCUUACAGAGAAGGCUGAUGUGUUUGCCUUUGGUAUUGUGGCUCUAGAGAUUGUUAGUGGAAGGCCAAAUUCUGACUCAAGCUUGGAAGAAGAAAAGAAGCAUCUUCUUGAAUGGAAUUGGCAAUUGCAUGAAAACAACCGUGAAGUUGAUCUUGUGGACUUUACAUUAUCAGAAUUCAAUGAGGAUGAGGUAAAACGACUGAUAGGAGUAUCUCUUCUAUGCACUCAAGCAUCCCCAAUUUUACGGCCAUCAAUGUCGCGUGUGGUGGCAAUGCUUUUAGGAGAUAUUGAAGUGAGCACUGUAACUUCAAGGCCAGGAUAUUUGACGGAUUGGACAUAUGAUGAUAUAACCAAUGCAUCGACUGAGGGUGCAACUAUAGGAACUGAUACUAGCUAUGUCAAUUCAUCAUCGACAAGUACAAGCAUGGUGGUUGCUGUAGAAAAUUCAACAGCAAUUGAAUCUAACCCUAUGCUUGGUGAGAUUAUUAGUGAGGGUCAAUGAGAAUUAUUCUCUAUUUUUCUUCAAAUUUUAUCUAAGUGUGUAAAUUGAAGAACUUUUUGUGUAUUAUUCAAUUCCUAAUUGUGUACAUAUUUAAAUCAUCAUAGAUAUAAUUAAGUGAGCACUGUAACUUUAAGGCCAGGAUAUUUGACAGACUGGAAAUUUGAAGAUGUAUCCAAAUGAAUGAGGUUGCAACUAAAGGCAUCGAUUACAGAUUAUCAUCAUCAAGUACAAGCAUGGUAGGUGAUGCAGACAUUCCACCAACAAAUGCUUCUAAACCUAUGGUUGGUGAGACUAUCAAAGAGGUGAAAUGAGAAUUAGUCUUUAUUUUUCUUCAAAAUUUUUCUGGUGUGUAAAUUCAAACACUUUUGUGUAUUCUUCAAAUCAAAAAUCGUAUAUGUAUUUAAAUAA